AUGGAGGCUCCGUCGGUUCCGGUUCCGUCCGCCCACAGCCUGGUUCUGCUGCAGCAGCUCAACGUGCAGCGCGAGUUCGGCUUCCUGUGCGACUGCACGGUGGCCAUCGGCAACGUGUACUUCAAAGCUCACCGAGCCGUCCUCGCCGCCUUCUCCAACUACUUCAAGAUGAUCUUCAUCCACCAGACCAGCGAAUGCAUCAAGAUCCAGCCGACUGACAUCCAGCCCGACGUCUUCAGCUACCUGCUGCACGUCAUGUACACGGGGGCGUGCCCCAAGCAGCCCGUGGAGCCCGCGCGUCUCGAGGACGGUAUCAAGUUCCUGCACGCCCACCAGCUGUGUCGCAAGAGCGCCGAGGGACCCGGCGCCGGUGCGGACGUCCCCAUCGCCGACUCCGUGCGCACAUCAAACCUGUACGGCAUCCAGAUCUCCUCCCAGCUGGCCGGUAAGGAGGCGCCCGCCGGGGGCGAGUCGCGGGGGGCACGCGCCCGCUCCCAGCCAUCGCUGGCCCCGGGGUCGGAAGGCGAGCGCUCCGACGGUCGCGCUUCUUCGCCGCGGGACGACUUCGACAUCUCCUCCGCCAUCAAGCAGGAGCGCCCGGACGACGAAGGACCAGGCUCGCCGCCCCACGUGGACGACGCGGCGUGCAAAGAGCGGCCGCCGCCUCUGGCGUGUCCCCGCUGCGGCCACCGCUGCGCCUCGCCCGAGCGCCUGCGCCAGCACCUCUUCAGCCACGCCCUGCGCCCCGCCCUCUUCGCGGAGGUGCCGCCCAACGAGGAGGGCGGCGGCUUCGAGGACGAGCGUCUGGACGCCGGACGCCUGGAGGAGGCGCUGCGGCAGAGUCGGGCGCUCGCCGCCCAGCUGGCGGCCGAGCUCAGGAGGAGCCGCGCGGGAGCGGAGGCGCCGGGGUCCGCCACGCCCGCCGCCGGCCACUCCCGCAAGCGCAAAAUGGCGUGCGCCGUCUGCGGCGUGCGCUUCUCGCACAAGAGUCAGCUUCAGGAGCACAUGUACGCGCACACCGCUAAGCCGCCCCGGCUGCAUCGCCACAGCCAGCUCUUCCACAGCUCCGCCCACUUCUGCCCGGAAGGGGGCGGGGCCCCGGCCGAAGACGCCUUCCCGGACGCUCGCGACAACGGGAGCUCCGCCUACUCGCUCGACUCUGAAAUUUCGCAGGAGAGCGGGGACGGGGGGCGGGGCGAGUGA